AUGAACUUAGACGUCAAGGUGGAACGUGGGAAAGGCAACAUUGGAAUGCGAAGUAUUGGUUUCUACAUUCACCAGACGGCAUUUAAACAAUAUUCAGAAAAAUAUGAAAUUCCAGCAUUGCUCGUAGAAUUGGAAGGACCGUGGUUGGGAGUAUCGGCCGUUCUGAACAUUAACGGAUCAAUUAUUCAUGAGACUUUGUCGCCUCAACUUCCAUUUGGUGCAUCAAACCAUUUAGCACAAACAGCGAUAUUGUGUCUGGCGUCGUUAAAACGUGCUGUCCUCGCUUUGUUUCAUUUCUACAAUCAAGAUGAACUCAGCAAGAUUCCUGCUACUUGUCUUCCAAGGACGUUAUGGGGACACCGUGCAUCGCUUCUGCGCAGCUAG